GACAGACUGGUUUCAAGCAUCAAACGGCAUAACAUAAUAUAAUCACUUUCUCUUCACACCCACCCAUCCAUCUUCCUCUCUUUUCUUCCCUCAACCCUUCAACCCUUCAUCAACGACAAUAACACCACCACCAACAACAACAACCACCCUGCUUACUCCAUGGCCCAAGAAACCCAAAACCCACCUCCCCCUCAGGAAGUGCCGCCAGUUGUCGACCCUGUCCCUCUCGACAACGCACCUACCACCGAAGCUCAACCCGAACCUGAACCUGAACCUGAACCUCAACCUGAAACUGAAACCCAGGAGAAGGUCCAGGCCGCUGUUGAAGACAAGAUUUCUGAAUCGGUUUCGUUCAAGGAGGAGACCAACGUCGUCGGCGACCUCCCCGAGGCGCAGAAGAAAGCCCUUGAUGAACUCAAGAAGCUUGUUCAAGAAGCGCUCAACAAGCGUGAGCUAACCGCGCCCAAGCCCCCCACGCCAGAGCCAGAGAAGAAGAAACCAGACACCGUCAAGGAGCCUGAAGUGGCAGCGGGAGAAGCAGAGAAGAAGGAGCCGGAAGGGGCCGCAGAAGAAGCGGAGAAGAAGGAAGUUGAAUUGACCGAAGAGAAGAAGGAAAUUGAAGUUAAAGAAGAGACGAAGGAAGUAGAAGUGACAGAAGAGAAGAAGAAGGAGGUUGAAGUGACAGAAGAAAAGAAGGAUGUUGAAGUUAAAGAAGAGAAGAAGGAAAUAGAAGUGACGGAAGAGAAGAAGGAAGUACACGUGACAGAAGAGAAGAAAGAUGUAGAAGUGACAGAAGAGAAGAAGGAAGUAGAAGUGACGGAAGAGAAGAAGGAAGUAGAAGUAACUGAAGAGAAGAAGGAAGAAGGGGUGACAGAAGAGAAGGAGGUGGUUGAAGCGACAGAAGCGAAGGAGGUGGAAGAGGAACUUGGUCCGGAGGAAGUUGAGAUAUGGGGAAUUCCGCUGCUGGCGGAUGAGAGGAGCGAUGUGAUUCUGCUAAAGUUUCUGAGAGCGAGGGAUUUCAAGGUAAAGGAUGCCUUCACCAUGCUCAAGAACACCGUGCGUUGGAGGAAGGAAUUCGGAAUCGACGCUCUGGUCCUGGAAGAUUUCGGAACUGAUUGGGACAAGGUGGUGUUCACCGAGGGACACGACAAACAAGGCCACCCCGUGAAUUACAACGUCUUUGGUGAGUUCGAGAAUAAGGAGUUGUACAACAAGACCUUUUCGGACGAGGAGAAGCGCAACAAGUUCAUCAGGUGGAGGAUUCAGGUGCUGGAGAAGAGCGUGAGAAGCCUUGACUUCUCUCCCACUGCCAUCUCCACCAUUGUGCAGGUCAACGACCUCAAGAACUCUCCGGGACUCGGCAAGAGUAACCUCAGGCAGGCCACCAAUCAGGCCCUUCAAUUGCUUCAGGAUAACUACCCUGAAUUUGUGGCCAAGCAGAUAUUUAUCAAUGUUCCCUGGUGGUACCUUGCCUUUUCUAGGAUGAUCAGUCCGUUCUUCACACAGAGGACCAAGAGCAAAUUUGUGUUUGCUGGGCCAUCCAAGUCUGCCGAAACCCUUUUCAAAUAUAUUGCUCCGGAGCUGGUGCCCAUUCAAUACGGUGGACUGAGCAGAGAGGGUGAACAGGAAUUCACCACUUCUGAUCCUGUUACGGAGGUCACAAUCAAACCCGCAACCAAACAUGCUGUCGAGUUCCCAGUUUCUGAGAAAAGCCACCUGGUUUGGGAAAUCCGAGUGGUGGGUUGGGAUGUGAGCUACGGAGCUGAAUUUGUGCCCGGAGCUGAGGAUGGAUACACUGUCAUUGUGCAGAAGAACAGGAAAAUUGCCCCCGUAGAUGAGACCGUGAUCAGUCACGGUUUCAAAAUUGGUGAAGCUGGCAAGGUAGUACUCACCAUAGACAACCAAACAUCCAAGAAGAAGAAACUCCUCUACAGGUCAAAGACCAAACCCAUCGCAGAGUGACUUCAAGGAACAACAGUCUCUAAAUGCAAUUCGUGUUCAUGGUCAUGUUCAUGAGGAUGUCGAGGUGAACAACAAUAAUAAGGGUGUUACUGUUAUAUAUAUUCAUCAUCGUUACAACUAUGCAACUUAAUUUGGGGGUGGGUGGGGGACUUCAUUCUUUCAUACCGGGUUAUCUUGGGUUACUUUGUUCAUUUGCUUCAUAAAUUAUUUUUGUUUCAAGUCUGGGAUCGGGCAAUUUCAUUGACACUGCCUAGUCUCUCACUGUAAUUUGGUGUUCUGUUUAUUUGUUUCUGGAAUUGGAUAAAACCUUUGCUGCUUGGAAAUGUUUGAAACGGAAUGCAUCAAUUGAGCCAAGCAAGUCAAGGAAGGUUGGUGGGGGAGAGGGAACAACAUAGUGGGGUUCAUUUGUACAUCAAAAUUUGUCACUCCUGUUUGCAUUGUGAUACUCUUAUGGCUGUAAAGUUUGUUUAAAUGUGAUCGUCAUGUAUUCCUUACUCCCGUAUAUAAUAAAAAAUUUACUUUAUUGUA